GCGGAGUUUACCGGGAAAGGAGCCGGACCGGGUCACCUUUAAGUGUUCUAGAAGGGGCUCUGUCGCGAUGUGGUUCGAGAUUCUCCCCGGAAUUGCCGUCAUGACAACGUGUUUGCUCAUCCCAGGAGUGAUCACUGCGCACAUGCACAAAUUCAGUCACGGGGGAAAGGAGAAAAGGAUUGCCCAUUUUCCAUAUCAGUGGAGUUUGAUGGAAAGAGAUAGGCGGGUCUCUGGGGUGAAUUGUUAUUAUGUAUCAAAGGGCUUGGAGAACAUUGACUAAGGAAGCAUUGUUCUGACUGGUGAAAAAACAACUCAGUUAUGCUCACCUACCCCUGCUGCAGAAGCUUAUGCAAUGUAUUAUGUAGUGCGUUAUGUAGUGCUUAAUAAAAAUAAAAUGACAAAGAAAAACCAAA